AACUAUUAUUCAACUUUUGAUGAAAUCCGACGUGAAAACCUAAAGAAAAUCAGAUUCGCUUGAAGAACGAGCAGUUUGAAAUUCCCAACUCCUUCGAAUCUCGACAAAUUAUUGUCGAAGAGGAAAAAUGGUAGAGAACUACCCGUACUGUGUGUAUAAGUAGAUUGCUCGAAUUAUUGUGUUAAAAUCCACAUUCAUUGGAUUGUUUGAAGCUAAAACCAAUCGGAGCUUUUGCAUUUUCAGAUCGAGUAGGAGUUUAGAGACGUAGGCAAUGGCACCUCCGCUAAUUCUUGCUUUAGAAUUGCCAUCGGAGAAGGGUCGGGUUCUCUGUAUUCAAUCUCACACUGUUCAGGGAUAUGUUGGCAACAAAUCGGCUGUCUUUCCUCUACAAUUACUUGGCUAUGACGUGGACCCCAUCAAUUCUGUACAGUUCUCGAACCACACAGGCUACCCAUCUUGUAAGGGCCAGGUUUUGAACGGAGACAAACUUUGGGAUUUAAUAGAGGGUCUUGAGGCUAAUGAUUUGUUAUUCUAUACUCAUCUACUUACAGGUUAUAUUGGCUCUAUUUCCUUCUUGAACACUGUCCUAAAAGUUGUCGACAAGCUUAGAUCUAUCAACCCCAAACUUACAUAUGUCUGUGAUCCAGUGUUGGGCGACGAAGAAAAGCUUUAUGUCACUCAAGAACUGGUUUCAGUAUUUCGUGAGAAGGUUGUCCCUGUUGCUACGAUGUUGACUCCUAAUCAGUUUGAGGCUGAACAGUUAACUGGGCUAAGGAUCACAUCUGAACAAGAUGGUAGGGAAGCUUGCAACAUUCUUCAUGCUGCUGGACCAUCAAAGGUUGUGAUUACAAGCAUAAACAUAGAUGGCAAUCUUCUGCUGAUUGGCAGUCAUCAGAAAGAGAAGGGUCCAUCUCUGCAAUUCAAGAUUUUGAUUUCCAAAAUUCCUGCCUAUUUCACGGGAACUGGAGAUCUUACGACUGCACUGUUGCUCGGAUGGAGCAAUAAAUAUCCUGAAAACCUCGACAAAGCAGCAGAGCUAUCUGUAUCGAGUUUGCAGAUCGAGAGCUGUGGCUUCAUUCUUUGCUCAUUCCACACUGGAAAAAUAUACACCGAUGGAUCAAAGGAUGAUGAACUUUUGGAAUGUCACUCUGAGAGUGGCCCCUCAAGGAUCUAA